ACCGGAACAAGAACCCGUGUACCGGUACAAGGUCUGCGGCCGAGCGAAAUAUAACCGGGUAUAACGCUUCGAUCUUUCUCAAAACUCAAUCGUUUUCCAAAAUUUUUGGUUCUGUGAGCUCCAGAGACUCUCCUUCAUUCGUUCUACACAUUUUUCCUGUGGAUUUGAAAAUGGCAUUUUUGCUCGUACUGGUGCUUUUGGUGCUCAUGGCUGGGAGACGAAGCCGUGGUAGUGGUAGAGGUCGUCAUGGGGUUUCUAAAAGGACACGUACCACUGAAGAAGCGUCCGGGUCUGAUCCGGAUUAUCAGGAGAGCUCCUCUGAAGAAUCUGAAGAACCUAUUGCGCAACUUGACAAAGGCAAAGGUUUAGCUGGCGAAUCAUCUCACGGUGGUGGUUCUCGUACUCGUGAGGGACGUUCAAAACAAGCUGCAGAGGUUCCUCCAGCACGGCGAAGGUUGUUUGCAUCAAAGUCGUGCAUAGCUGAACGCUUUGUGAACUUCCAUGAUCUGAUUCGGGAGGUUCCUGAUUUUGGACGACUACUACAGCGCGCGCCUAUUGAGCCUGUUGGACGGGUUCCUGCGAAGGCUCCUUUCUGUGUAGAACUCAUUAGGGAAUUCUAUAUGAAUGGAAAGGUGCUUGCUGAAGAUGAUGAAACAGGCACGUUUAUCUUCGAGACUGUUGUGCGUCAGAGGAGAUUUCCAGUUACUCCCUAUGAUAUUGGAGAGAUCUUGGGGAUGCAUGUGGACACUUCAGGUCUUCUCUAUACUUCAGGAGGAUUUCAAGCAGCAACUCACCUGGAUAUCGUUCUUGGAGCUAUAUGCAAAGCCGGUGUUUACAUGACUCAUGGUUACAUUGAAUCCAAGGACUUAUUACCCGAGUAUCACUUGCUAUCCUUGGUUAUGAGCUACAAUGUUCAACCAACUAUCGACACAAAGAGGAUCCGCCGGGAGAGAUUAGUGUUGCUUUAUCUACUUGGUCAUCCCGAGCAGGCUCGUGGGUUGAACAUCAACAUUCCAUUUCUAAUCUGGCAAAGGAUGAUUCACGUAAUUCAGGGUGCUACUCGACGGGAUCUACUAUCAUUUCCUGUUUUGAUUACAAGGAUACUUCAAGCAAAUGGAGUGGAUACAUCUUGUGACAAGUAUGAUGUUGGCUUUGGGCCUAUUGAUUCAGUGACUUGGGCUAAGUCGGUUAGCACUCUCAAGUCGUUCCAUCAGACCAAAGGGCCACCUCCUGAAGCGUCUAGCCCAGAUGGGGAUUCUGGAGCUGGUGUUGGAGAUGGUGAUGAUGAUGAUGAGGACACUGAGUGA